ACACACAUUUAUGCACACCCAGCUACCUGCAGGCAUGUCGCACUCCAGUCCCCACUGCGAAUGACAAGAGAGAACUACAUGUCCUGUGCUCGCUGCUGGAUAUUUCGGAACAGUGCGUUUCGAUGAACAAGAGUAGAACGGGGGGGGUGGCUGCCGUGUGUGUGAGGAUGAGGAGACGUGGGAAGAACUAAGCCAAGUUUGAUAGGAACUCAAGGGUGUGGGGGGAGGAGGAAGAAGGGGCUCGGCGAGCAGCAAGUCCAUUUGUUACACAUGUUGCCUUGUAGAUACAUCAGUGCGCAAGAUGCUGACAAGAGGGUUGGGGUGGGGGUGUCUUCCUUCCUGUUGCAGGGGACCAUGGUUAUGUUGAAGAUCUCAGCUUUCCUCGUUGCCUACGCCCUGGUCAUCUGCCAGAUGUACUGCUCACAAGCCGCCCCUGCCAGACCAGGUUUAGAGUCCAUGUCAGAACGAGUCACGCUCACGGACUACGAGGCGCGAAGGUUACUGAACGCCAUCGUCAAGGAGUUUGUGCAGAUGACGGCAGAAGAGAUGGAGCAGCAGGCGACCGAGGGAAACAGCAGCGUUACAGCACAGAAGCGCGCCUGCAACACGGCCACGUGCGUGACCCACCGCCUGGCCGACUUCCUCAGCCGGUCGGGGGGAAUAGGCAACAGCAACUUCGUUCCCACCAAUGUUGGCGCCAAGGCCUUCGGCAGGCGAAGGAGAAGCACCCAGAUGUGAGGGCUCCCCAUCAACCUUUUGGGAAACGAGGCGGACACCUGAAAAAAAAAAAGGAAAAAAAAAAAAAAACAACAACCUGUGAACAAAAAUUCAACACAGCAAAACUACGCAGAUAAAUACUAAACUGGCCCUUUAUCUUCUCUUUCACAUUCUUACUGGAAAACAAGGGAUGUUUUGUCCCCGUUAUCCAUCCUGUUAAUAAUCUUUUUCUUUUUUUUGGCUUUUGGCAAAUAACUGAAAAAAAAAUUGGAAAAAAAAGCACUUUACUUUAUGUACAUGAACAAAUGAACUCCUUAAAGUAAAAAAAAAAAACAUCCCGAUGGGUUGCUCUUUUUUAUACAUGAAUAUUAUUGGAAAAUAAAAUGAAAACAGCAGUGGUUAUCACUUUCUUUUUUUCGCCCCACGUUUCACCUCGUUAGAGCACAUUUGUAGCACCGACCCCCAGCUGAGAUUCAUAUAUUAACAUUCCCCCCUUUACGCUGGUAAAGAUCCUCCCCACUUUGCUCCCCUCUCCCCACACAACGGCUGUUGUCUUGUGCCUUGAUGUAGAAAAAUUUACAUGAACAUGAUUGUACGGCUUCGUUUUGAGACGGCAAUGAAGAACCCGAGUGAGGAUGAGGAGGAGAACGGAGAUGGAUUCAUAUUGUAAACAAUAUUGUGAAAAACAAAAAUUUCAGCAAGAUUAAAAUGUAUUUUAGAUACACUUUGGUUUGAGGUAAUUGUGUUGUUCUUCAAAGCAUUUUGUAAACAGAUGUAGAGAGAGAGAGAGAGA